AGGUGGUGCGGUUUCACACCCGGGGUGGGAAACAUGGGUGGGGUCAAUGACUGGUUGACUGGCAGUCAGAGUUUGCGACGCCUGUAGAAUCCACAACAACCAGUGAGAUUAGUAGUUUAACCUUUCUUCAAAUUUGAGCCAAUUGCAAGGGAAAAUGGGAGGUUCCCAAGUGCUGUUGUGCAUCCAACGUGGGACUAUGGAACGAAGACUGAAAAGAAUUAAGUAAAAAAAAUAAAAAAUAACUCAUGGUGGAUAGGGUCUGAAGUUGGGACUGAACCAGGCUCCGAACGCCGAGGUUUUCUGACCAUAGACUGCAUCUGAUAAGCAUUUACUAGGAACUACACUAACCCGUCGAGUGUGCGGCGAAAUUGGGAUCAAUCGGCACAAAGUGUAUACUUUUUGGGGUGUUUUGUAGCGCCAUAAACGAGAAGUCAACGAUAACUCUGUUUUCGGCACCGAUCUCACCUCUUUCGAGUGCUUCAUUUGCGUACCAGAGUAACGCCGUCAAAGUUUUAGCCAACAUUCCAAGCGUGCGAUGAAGAGAAUAUACAUUAAAGAGUUUGUUCCGAGUGCCACUGCCGAUGCAAUCCGCAUAGGCUAGUAUUUGGAAAAUGUGUGUCACAUGUAUAUUUGACAUGAACGCAAUCUUAAGUUAAGAGCCCCUGUUGAUGUUUGCCAUGUUUUUUUCUCUGGCAUUUUUAGGCUAUUGAUGUUUCCCCAAAACGAAUCGCUUUGCCAAGAAAGGAUCCUCAUUUCAACCUUUUAUGGACAAGUUCAAUUUACUUGUAUGUUAUUUAAUUCUGUCUGCUUGACACGUUUAUUGUAGCCUUCUUGCUUCGUAACCGUGAUUCACCUUUGAUUUCAGCACACAUUGGACAAAAGUUGGACUGGGAACUUGCGUCUAAACGACUCGGUUAUUUGGAAGAGUAGACCAGUUGUACACGCCACAGGUGUUAGUUUUUUCUACAUUUUACCACAACGCAAUUUGUGAUAUAAUAGACCGCACUAUCUCUAAAACGGUACCAGAUUUCCAAUUUGUGGAUACGACGAGAGAUCAGUGGCCAGCGCGCGAUUAAACUUGAUACAAAAUGGCGGCGUCCCUGGGUCGAAUUGGAUCGGUUUCUCACUUUGGUUUUUAUUUAGUUUUAUCGCUGGAACUGUUAAUUAAUUACGGCUUGAGUUCAGAUUUACCAUGUGCUCAGAACUGUACCUGCACUGGAGAUUCUGUGGACUGUAGUCAUUUGGAUUUGACAGAUACACCGCUGGACCUGCCCAUUCAGACAGUUGCCCUAAAUCUUGGCCACAACAAGUUGACAGCCAUUGAUGUCGGAGUCUUCUCAAACCUCCCAAACCUACGAGAGCUGCGCCUGGACCAUAAUGAGCUGACGUCCAUCCCUGAUCUAGGACCGUCUGUGUCUCAGAUCGCUUCCCUCUACCUACACCACAAUAAGAUCCGCACCAUCGAUGGGAGGCGGAUGAGAGACCUGAUCUCCGUGGAAACCCUGGACCUGAGCAACAAUGACAUCACUGAAGUCAGAGUUCAAGGUUUCCCCGCAGGUCUCCAGAUCAAAGACCUGUACCUGAGCAACAACAAAAUACAGUUCCUGGAGGCCGGUGCUCUGGACCAGCUCUCCUCCACCCUGCAGGUUCUGAGACUGAGCCGGAACCGCAUCUCUCAGGUCCCUGUCAAAGGCUUCCAGCUGCCCAAGCUCACCCAACUUGAGCUGAACAGGAACCGCGUGAGGCAGGUGGAGGGGCUGACCUUCCAGGGCCUGGCCAGUCUGGAGGUCCUCAAGCUGCAGAGGAACAACAUCAGCAAGCUCACCGACGGAGCCUUCUGGGGCCUGGCCAAGAUGAAAGUGCUUCACCUGGACUACAACAGCCUGAGGGAAGUGAACAGUGGCUCCCUGUACGGCCUGUCCUCUUUGCUGCAGCUCUUCCUCAGCAACAAUUCCAUCUCCCACAUCAAUCCAGAUGGCUGGAGGUUCUGCCAAAGGCUACGGGAACUGAAUCUGUCCUACAACAACCUGAGUCGUCUGGAUGAGGGCAGCCUGGCGGUGCUGGGGGACCUCCACACCCUCCGUCUGGGGCACAACGCCAUCAGCCACAUCACCGAGGGGGCCUUCAGAGGCCUCAAGGCCCUGCGCCUCCUGGAGCUGGACCAUAAUGACAUCUCAGGCACAAUAGAGGACACCAAUGGGGCCUUCUCUGGACUGGACAGCCUCAACAAGCUAACUCUGUUUGGAAACAAGAUCAAGUCAGUGGCCAAGAAAGCCUUCUCAGGACUGGAGGCCCUGGAGCACCUGAACCUGGGAGAGAACGCCAUACGCUCCAUCCAGCCAGAGGCCUUCAGCAAGAUGAGGAGCCUCAGGAACCUACUCAUCCAGAGUGACAGGUUCCUGUGUGACUGUCAGCUCAACUGGUUCCCUGAGUGGCUGAUGACCCGGGGGCUACAGACUGGCGUAGAGGCUACCUGUGUCCACCCCGAAAUCCUGAAGGGUACUAGCGUCUUCCAGGCUCCACCAGAGAGAUUUGUCUGUGAUGACCUGCCUAAGCCCCAGAUCACGUUGCAGCCAGAGACCACAGUGACGGUUCUGGGUAGUGACGUGCGCCUCACGUGCACGGCAGCCAGCAGCAGCAGCUCACCUAUGACCUUCGCCUGGCGCAAAGACCAGGAGCUGCUCCGUCAUGCUGAGGUGGAGAACUUCGCCCACCUGCGCGCUAACCACGGGGCGGUGCACGAGGCCGGGGGGGUGAUGGAGUACACCACCAUUUUGCACCUGCGUCAUGUGACCUUCGCCCACGAGGGCCGAUACCAAUGCAUCAUCACCAACCACUUUGGCUCCUCCUACUCCACCAAGGCCCGCCUUACUGUCAACGUCAUGCCUACGUUUGUGAAGACCCCUCGAGACAACACCAUCCGUACGGGCACCACUGCCAAGCUGGAGUGUGCGGCCGAGGGCCACCCCACCCCUGAGAUCGCCUGGCAAAAGGACGGAGGCACGGACUUCCCGGCGGCACGCGAGCGGCGGAUGCACGUGAUGCCUGACGAUGACGUGUUCUUCAUCAUGGACGUCAAGCUAGAGGACAUGGGCGUGUACAGCUGCACCGCCAAGAACACAGCGGGCACCGUGUCUGCCAACGCCUCUCUCAUCGUGCUAGAGACGCCCCACCUGGCCCAAGAGCUGGAGGACCAUAGUGUGGUGGUGGGGGAGACUGUAGCCCUGCAGUGUAAGGCCCUGGGCAGCCCCCCACCCAAAAUCACCUGGCUGAGGAACGACGAGCCCCUCCGCUCCUCCGACCGACACCACUUCACCCCCGGCAACCAGCUGUUGGUGAUCGGCAGCGCCGCCCUAGAGGACGCUGGCAGGUACACGUGCGUAAUGUCUAACACGCUGGGCACAGAGCGCGGCCACAGCCAGCUGAGUGUCCGCCAGACCGGCUGCGUCGCCCCGUCCGGCCCCAGCACCGUCACUAUGGGCAUCAUCGUCAUCGCUGUGGUGACCAGCAUCGUGGUGACCUCGCUGGUGUGGGUGUGCAUCAUCUACCAGACGCGCAAGAAGAGUGACGAGUGCAGCGUAACCAACACCGAUGAGACAAUCGUGCCCCCGGAUGUCCCCAGCUACCUGUCCUCCCAGGGGACCCUCUCGGAGCGCCAGGACGUGUGUAUCCGCGUGGAGGCUAGCAUUGGACCUCCGCUCAACGGACACAUAGACAACACAGGUUACAAUGGGGCUGUAGUGUGUACAGAGUGUAUGGAGAACGGAAACAGCUACUCCAAGACAGACUUUGACUAUCUCACCCAGGGGCUGGGACCUGUAGGCCUGGAGUACCAACAACACCCCCACCACAUGGACUACAAUGUACCUGUACCCCUAGGGGUGGAUACGGGACCCCUCUCCAACGGGACCCCCAACGGAGUCAGAAGGAUUUCCUCGCCACCUGAAUUUACAUCACAGAGAAACCACCACGACAGAAAAGGUCCCUCAGUGAACAGGACGGGACACACAACUCUAGUGUGCUCCCCAUCCCAGGAGGAGGCCUUCCACAAGCCGGUGAAACUCGCCCCCGUAAGACGCCAAGACACACUGGACACGGAUCGUGAGCCAGAGCUCAGACAGACUCUACUGUCCAACGGACACACUCCCAGAGCCUCCCAGAGUGACAGCACCCCCCUCAGGAGCGCCAGCGACUAGCAGGCCCUCCCCACCCUGACACUAAUAGACUCACUAGCCCUGAGUGGACUUGUUCUUUGCACUGGGAACUGCUACCUCAAACAGAGAGGCCAAGAUCUGAUCCCCUCCCCUGUUUGGACUAACAGGGUGGGAGCUGGGAGGGGGGUGGCAUCCAGAGGUUUGAAGGCAGAGCUUGUGUGGGUGGCGUCCCAUUUGAGCGUAUCAGCUGUACAUACUUAAAAACCUUCCCCUGGGAGGUGUCAACCAAUCCUAGCUCCAAAUGUGACUUGCAUUUGAAGCAUGCAAAUGUAGGGAAUGUUUUACAGUAAUGUGUGAAAGAGAGCGAAAGAGAUAUAUAUAUACCAUUGGACAAUUAACUGUACAUAAGAGUUUUCAUAUAUAUUAUAUAACUUUUACAAAGAGUAUUUGAAUUUAUUCUGUGCAUGACAAAGAACGGAGUGAUGGUAUUUUUUUCUCUUUUAAAAGCCUCUACUUACCAGCUUCAACUGCGGUGCCUUAUUGCAUGAUCAAAGAAACCACAAACGGGACUCGUAGUAUAGCAGAGAUUUGUGAGAGCUAUCGUACACUCUUUGUCAUACCAUGGAACACUUUAUUGCACUUGAAUGUUGUUUGACAAACGCAAAUGCUGCCAUCAUGGCCUUAAACCAUAACUCAUAUUUCCUGGUAUUUUAUGAAGGAAGCUUUAAUUUGUAUUUAUUUUGGUACGUGAUAUGGUAACACCUAUGACAAGGAAGUGUUUGGGAUAUUAAUCUAGGUUUUUGAUGUUUAAGCACUUUUGUACUCAUCAUAAAUGACCUCUGGAAACAGACUCGGUACAUGUAACCCAAUAGGAACGUAAGAAACCCUAGUCAGGAAAUGCGACUCAUUUCUGACAUAGCCAUGGAAUGUCAAGUCUCUUCCACCUGUCAUGGUACUAACUACAGUGCCUUCAGAAAGUAUUCAUACCCCUUGACUUAUUCCACGUUUUGUUGUUAUAACAGCCUGAAUUCAAAAUGGAUUUUCACCCAUCUACACACAAUUACCCCAUGACAAAGUGAAA